UAAGCAAGUUGUUUAUAAACCGCCAUUUUGAAAAGUCUUUCUUUGUUUCCAACAGCAUUGUGUAAGGAUUUUAAGCACAAAAAGUAAUGAUAAAAAUUAAAUAACAAGAGAAACAGUUGCAUCCAAGCGAAACAUGAGCUUGUCACUCAGGUCAGAAUUUUCCCUUGACAAGGGCAAACGGAGGAAGAGGAGGGAACUUGGAGAAGAACAGAAACAAGAGAUCAAAGAGGCUUUUGAUUUGUUUGAUACUGACAAAGACAGAGCAAUUGACUAUCAUGAAUUAAAGGUUGCAAUGCGAGCAUUGGGAUUUGAUGUGAAGAAAGCAGAUGUCCUGAAAGUACUCAGGGACUAUGACAGGGAGGGAACUGGAAAAAUCACAUUUGAUGACUUUAAUGAAGUCAUGACAGAUAUGAUGCUGGAGAGAGAUCCCAAUGAGGAAGUAUUUAAAGCAUUCAAACUUUUUGAUGAUGAUGACACAGGAAAAAUUAGCAUCAGGAAUCUCAGAAGGGUGGCAAGGGAACUUGGAGAAAAUAUGACAGAUGAAGAAUUAAGAGCCAUGAUAGAUGAAUUUGACAGAGAUGGUGAUGGGGAGAUCAAUGAAGAUGAAUUCCAGGCCAUUAUGACGGGAGAUACGUAGUGGAUGUAGGACAUUAAUAGACAUCAUUUGGUAUGGAUAUUAGCCAUGGAUAUCAUUAGAUUUGUGCAUGCUGUUGAAUGAUUGUUCAUUGCAAAUAUGUGGACUGAAUCAGAAUUGAUUUAAUAAUGAAGAUGAUGGAUUUUGAUCUCAUUCUUGUCCUUUGAUGACAAGUGUUGCAGACUUUAAAAAAAUCAAUAAACUGAGCCUUAUAAAGAUAUCAACAUAGAUUUUCAAUAGUAUACACUUUCAUCUUUUUUUUUUUUCACACUGACUUGAUCUGUUAUUGAAAUGACAAAGAUUCCCUUAGCAAUGAUUUUGUACUUGAAUU